AUGUGUGUUCAGCAAAUCGAUUUCGAUCGGUUGGAUUUUGGAGAGGCGAAUGCGCUCGACACGUUCUACAAUGCCGAUGUCGCACUGGUUGACGUUACAGUGCAACAGCAACAACCCAGUUUGUGUUACCAUAUUGGUGUACGCGAAAGUAUGAACCAAUCGUACAACAUCUUGAUGACGUACAUCGCCCCCGAUUCUGAAUAUCACAUCAUCGACGCCCUUAAGAAAACCCAUGCUCAUUUGCCGAUGAUCGUCUAUAUGAAGUUUCCCGAAAGUAACACUCUGCAGUCCUACGAUAGGAAUAUGAAUGUGAGUAGUAUUUUUAUUAUUGUUUUAUUUAUUUGUUGUUUACCUUAUUGA